AGGCUCCAGCAGCUUCAUUUGUGUUUCGCAGAUUCCACUCUACCGUUGCUUUCAUUCCAUCAUCGGUUUCUCAGCUCCGGUUGCUACAGAAGAGGGAAAAGGCGAAAGAAUAAACUGCUCUGCGUGCGAAAAGAAGUUUUCCAACGAAGCAAAUCAGCAGCAUUCUAAAAACAAGAAAACAAUGAGCUCAAGCGACAUUUUGGUGGUGGGUCCCAACCCCGCGCUGCAGAAAACUCUGACCUUUGGUGAACUGAGGCUCGACGCGGUGAAUCGUGCGAGCGCUAUUCGGGAGUACACAGGCGGCAAGGGCACCAACUUCUGUCGUGCGUCUGCCUGCUUCAAGGCCAGCCCGAACUUCUGCAACACGACCCUCUUCACCUUUGUGGGUGGUGAGACGGGCAAGCGGGUGGUGGACUUCCUAAAGGGGGAGGACAUCGCGGUGCACCCCAUUUCCGUACCCGGCGAGACGCGCACCUGUGUCACCUGCCUGGAUGAGAAGCACGGCACCAUGACGGAGAUCAUCGAGCCGUCGUACCCCGUGCCGGCGGAGUCUGCGGGUGACAUGGAUCGCGUGCUGAAGGAGAGGCUGCAGCAUGCGGGGGGUCUUGCCAUAAUGGGCAGCCUGCCAGACCAUACGUCGCCGGAGCUUUAUACGCGGUGGACGCAGAUGGCCGCAGAGGCCAAAAAGCCCGUGCUGCUGGACGCCAUCAAAGGUAUCGAGGCGUCCCUCAAGGUGCCCAACGUCACGUCCAUCCUGAAGGUUAACAUGGAGGAGCUGUACAAGCUCACCGGGAAGUCGACGCCGGAGAGCGCGUUUGCGUAUGCGAUGCGGGAAUGGACGGUGCACAUCCUGGCAGUAACGGACGGCCCACGCAGCGCCUACAUUCAGGAACGCGGCAAGGCCCUCCAUACGCUGCAUGUGCCGAGGCUGGACAGCGUCGUGAGUCCGCUGGGUGCUGGCGACACCGCCGACGCCAUCUUCUUCGCGCAGUACAUCCACGGAGUCCCCGCCGACAAGGCCUUCCGUUUCGCCCUGGCUGCCGCUUCUGCAAACUGCUUCCAAAAGGACGCCGGCAAGUUCGAGCACCGCGACAUGGUGGAGAUUGCCAAGGGCGUCACGAUUGAGUAG